CGAGGCGUGGAGCUGAUCGCUGUCACUUCAGGACAGCGACCCCGCGGGAAGAGGAGUGACGGGGGGCUGGUCCCCAGGCAGCGUCUGGGCCACAAAGGGUUACGCAAGGCACCCUGGAGUGACACCACUGCCACCAGCCCUGGAGCUCAGCUCCUUCCUGGUCGGAUCCGAGACUCGCUUUGCUUCUGCUCUUCAUUGCGGCCUGAAGGGGGAUUGAGGAAGGGGCCAGCAGCUGCAAAGAGGAGCCGGAGCCGGUCCGCGCCCCCGGCUGCUGGGCAGGGGCUGCCGUGCCAGCCGGCUGCCACAGUUGCCUUCCCUCGCUUGCGUUGGCUGAUGGCCACCAUGGAGGAGAUGGUGAUCUGGGAGCAGCACACGGUGACACUAAGCAAGGAUCCUCAACGGGGCUUUGGCUUCGCUGUCUCCGGAGGCCGGGACCGUCCUAACAGGAUGACCGGGGACACAGCGGUGAUCGUUUCAGAUGUGGUGGCCGGGGGACCGGCGAUGGGCCGGCUCCAGAGGAAGGAUCACAUCGUGAUGGUGAACGGCCUUUCCAUGGAGAAUGUCUCAUCCUCCUUCGCCAUUCAGACACUUAAAACCUGUGGCAAGAUUGCCAACAUCACACUGAAAAGACCGAAGAAAGUCCGCAUCCCUGUGAGCAAGAGUAGCCCUGGGUCCCCCACUGUGCCCCAGCGCUAUGACUCGGAUGAGGACUACAGGUCGCAUGGUGGGCAUCCAGCCCUCCACCGCUCCUGGGAUGACCUGGACCAUAGCCAGGGCUAUGAUGGGGACUCGUCCAGCGAGAGAAGCUCUGGCCACCAUCGGGAUGACCGCCGCCACCACAAGCCAGUGCCCCGGAGCCGGAGGCGAAGCCAGGAUAGCAGCCACUGGAGGCAGAGCCCCGGCAGUGGCUCGGAUCGGAGGGGCUAUAGCCGGCACCGCUCCACCAAUGGCCUCAGCCACGAAGGGGACAACCAUGGGCUGGCCCUGGUGUCGGGCUUCAAGCGGCUGCCCCAACAGGAUGUGCUGAUGAAGCCCAUCACAUCGGUCCUGGUGAAGCAGAAGCAGAACGAAGAGUAUGGCGUGAAGCUGGGAAGUCAGCUCUUCAUCAAGCACAUUGUGGAGAGCAGCCUGGCGGCGAAGGGCAGCUCUUUGCAGGAAGGAGACCUCAUCCUGAAGAUCAAUGGGGUGGCCAGUGAGGACAUGUCCCUGGCUGACACCCAGAAGCUCAUUGAGCAGACAGAGGGGACCCUGACCCUGCUUGUCCUCCGGGACCACCGGCAGUUUCUGGUCAACAUCCCCGACACAGAAGACAGCCAGAGCGACAGCUCCCGAAUGGAUGAUAUCUCCGACAUUGACUCUGAACUGUCCCAUCCACCAUCCCCCGAGACCUCUCCACGACCGGCGGCUGCCAGGAUGAAUUCACCACCGGAGAGGAGACGACCAAACAGGGACCCUGCGGGUGACACGACUGUGGACGAUGCUCGGAGCCCUGGUGAGUGGCUGUCUGAAUCCCCCUGGCAGAGCUGCGCCAGCUCUCCCUGUGCCUGGGCUGCCCUGGCAGCAGCGUAGACACUGCCGCCUCCUGGACCAGCCCUCCUUCCUGCAGAUGUGCUGAAAGCCGUGGAAGGGGAUAGCUGCCACAGCCCCCACGCCAGCCCCAGUGCCCGCAAGGAUGGGUACAGCGCUGAUUCCAGGUUCGUGCACUUUGUGAAGGCCAAGAGUGUCGGGCUGCGGCUGGCUGGUGGGAACGACGUGGGCAUCUUCGUGUCGAGCGUCCAGGAGGGGAGCCCGGCUGACAGCCAGGGUCUCCGGGAAGGGGACCAGAUCCUGCAGGUGAAUGACACCAGUUUCCAGAACCUGACCCGUGAGGAGGCUGUGGAGUACCUCAUGAAGUUGCCGCCAGGCGAGGACAUCACACUGUGGACCCAGAGCAAGCAGGACAUUUACAGGAAGAUGGUCUCAUCCAACGUGGGUGACUCAUUCUACAUACGGACGCACUUUGACUUUGAGAAGGACACACCGUCGGGGCUAAGCUUCGUCCGUGGGGAUGUCUUCCAUGUGCUGGACACUAUGUACCGGGGCAGGAUGGGGAGCUGGCUGGCUGUGCGCAUGGGCAGGGACCUGCAGGAGCAGGACAAGGGCGUCAUCCCCAACCGGAGCAGGGCCGAGCAAAUCGCCAGCCUGGAGUCGGUGCUGAAAGCCACGUCUGGUGCCAACCCCUCUGGGGCACGGGCCGAGUUUUGGAAGCUGCGGGGCUUGCGGGGUGCCAAGAAGAUGCUGCGGAAGAGCCGGGAGGACCUGUCUGCGCUCACAAAGCAGGGCCACUACCCGCCAUACGAGAGGGUGGUCCUGAAGGAAGCCAGCUUCAAGCGGCCGGUGGUGAUCCUGGGCCCCAUCGCAGACAUUGCCAUGCAGAAGCUGAGCACGGAGCUGCCCGAGCUGUUUGAGAUUGCCCCGAGCGUGCCCCGAGACGGGGCGUCAUCCAAGGUCAUCAAGUUGGACUCUGUGCGGCAGAUUGCAGAAAAGAACAAGCAUGCCCUGUUGGACAUCACGCCCUCGGCUGUGGAGCGCCUCAAUUACGUGCAGUACUACCCGGUGGUGGUGUUUUGCGAGCCUGAGAGCCGGCAGGGCAUCAAGGCCAUGCGCCAGUGGCUGGCACCCGACUCUAGAAAGAGCUCCCGGCGCCUCUACGCCCAGGCCAGCAAGAUGAAGAAGUACUGCAGCCAUCUCUUCACUGCCACCGUCAGCCUCAGCAGCAGCAGCAACACCUGGUACAAGGCGAUCAAGGACAUCAUCAGGACGCAGCAGAGCCAGCCCGUUUGGACAGCCGCGGAGCAGGCAGAUGUGGCAGUGGAGGACAGUCUGGACCUGCCGAACCCACCAAGCACGGCGGCCUCAGGCUACCUGACCUGUGAUAGUCAUGCCAACAGCGACUACGACACGGACGGUGAGACAGGCGCCUACACUGAUGGUGAGGACGCCUACGACCAGCCUGGGCUGGCCCGCUCCUCUGAGCCAGCGCACACGUCCGUAAGCCAUGGCUUGAAUGAGCAGGUGAGUCCCCGUUUUUCACAGGCGACCGAGCAGCAGCGGCAGGGCCAGCGGAGCCAGAGCUAUGACAGCAUCAGAGAAUAUGAGCAUGACGCUGUGAGGAAGAGGUUCACACGGGCCAGGGAUGACUCAGACCAGGACGAAGGCUACGAGUGGGGCCCAGCUACAGAUGUGUAG